AUAUAUAAGUGGACUUGAAUCAGAAAACAUAGAGAUAGUUGAAAGCUAGGCAAUAAAGAUGGUGAAAAGCAUAAGUUUCGAUAAGAAUGGAGUGAAGAAAGGUGCAUGGAGUGAAGAAGAGGACGAUAAGUUACGAGCAUAUAUUCAGAGAUACGGCCAUUGGAAUUGGGGUUUGCUUCCACAAUUCGCUGGUCUUUCGAGAAGCGGGAAGAGUUGUAGGUUAAGAUGGAUGAAUUAUCUUCGUCCGAAUAUAAAACACGGAAAUUUUACGAAAGAAGAAGACGAUCUUAUUGUUGAUUUGCAUAACAAGCUCGGCAACAAAUGGUCCGCAAUGGCUGCAAAGUUGCCUGGAAGGAGUGACAAUGAAAUAAAGAACCGUUGGAACACACAUUUGAAGAAACGAUCUCAGGAAGACGAGAUGAUUGUUUUGGAAAACGAGCAUGAUGGAUCCAUCGAGCCUGAUCAAGUCGAAAAAAAUGAAAAUCCGAAUCCAGAAAUACUCCAGGAAGUUGAAAAUUUCUUGGCAGGAUCUUUGGAAUCGCCAUCGUGUUCUUCGGGCACUGAACUAUCAGCGUGUUGGAUGAGUGGCUCGGACUACACAGUUUCGAGCGAAGUUGCGCUGCAAACUUCCGAUUAUGAAUCAGCCGGAGAUUUUUGGAGCGAGCCGUUUUUACCGGACAUCACGUCUUCAAUCGAUAAUAUGUUAUCACAUUCGGAUUUAAUCGAGGGUUAUAUGUCUCAUGAUCAAUCUUCUUGCCAGGAUGUGACAAUGAGCGAUGAGUUCUCAUGGUCGACUUUUGAUCCAUAUUUUCAAUACAACAAUGAGCCCGUAGAUUGGUCUUUUUGAAGUUGACACUCGUAUCGAUCGAGAGAGAAGAAUGCAAGUAACGAGCAUCAUGUGAUGUUUAGAAUUCUGCAAAAUAUCUUCCAGAGAGAAUAUUUUAAAGAAUGUUUUAGA